GCUUGUUGCCCUCGGAAUCGGAUAUUUCCGAGCUGCUGUCGGAGGAGAGUUUCCCCGACAGGCACCCGGAGUCUUUGCUCAGGUCCUCGGAGGCGUUACUGGCAUCCGAGAGUUUUCUUUGAGCAGCAGGGCUCCUCGGGCACUCUGUCGCCGCACUUGUUGACAGGCUUCCCGGACGUCUUGCAGGAGUUUUCCCCUCUUUAGCAACACCACGGAUACCUGUCGAUAUACCCUUUGUUUGACUGCAAUUGUGGCUGUUUUCCUCUUUUUUCCUCUUUUGGAUGGUUUCCUGCCGGGAGGAGGACACCUUGGAUGCUUUCUGGCUCCGGGGUGCACUUUCUACGCACUUGUCUCUUUCCUUGUUCAUCAUGGCCAAUUAUCUUCUUCAGCUUUUAACAACAACAAAAAAACACUUUCUUCACUUCAGGGCUAACAUGAUGAUUAAAUACGUGGAUGGAAAUCUCACUUGGCUUGGCAGAGCGACACGGACGACUACUCUUCAUCAAGGUUGUGUGUUUCGCUGUCUGUGAUGUUCCGAAGGAGUGACGGCAGGAGGGACGACCGUUACCUUAAACAUGAAUUCUAAGUAACACUGCUGCUGUCUCGACUCACGAUGAACAGCGAGGAGGAGUUUUACGACGCCGAGACAGGGCUCGAGUCAGAUGAUUCCUUGGAAGUGAGUUUCAAGGAUGCCCUGGUGUUUGACAGUAGUGAUCAGAUGACUGAUGGCUCGACUGCUGAGUCGAAUGCAGGGUGGCAGCGUAGGAAAACCCUGCCUGCUGAAAUGAUUGCCAGGAACAAUUUCAGUGUGACGAGCAUACUGAAGAAAUGUAUCGGCAUGGAGCUGUCCAAAAUAGCAAUGCCUGUUGUGUUUAAUGAGCCACUCAGCUUCCUCCAGAGAAUCUCAGAGUACAUGGAACACACACACCUCAUCCACAAGGCCUGUGCUUUGUCUGACUCUAUAGACCGUAUGCAGGUUGUUGCUGCCUUCGCUGUUUCAGCUGUAGCAUCUCAAUGGGAAAGGACUGGAAAACCGUUUAAUCCUUUACUGGGGGAGACUUUUGAACUCAUAAGAGAGGACGAUGACUACAGGUUGAUCUCAGAGCAGGUGAGCCACCAUCCGCCCAUCAGUGCCUUCCACGCCGAGUCUCUGAAGCAAGAGUUUGCUUUUCAUGGAUCCAUUUACCCAAAACUCAAGUUCUGGGGCAAAAGUGUCGAGGCUGAGCCCAAAGGCACCAUGACGCUGGAGUUACUCAAACAUAAAGAAGCCUACACAUGGACAAACCCAAUGUGCUGCGUGCAUAACGUCAUCUUAGGAAAGCUUUGGAUCGAGCAAUACGGGACAGUAGAGAUUGUAAACCACAGCACGGGAGAUAAGUGCGUGUUGAACUUCAAACCGUGUGGCAUGUUUGGGAAAGAGCUGCACAAAGUGGAAGGUCACAUACAAGACAGCAGUAAGAAGAAACAGAGUGUGAUCUACGGAAAGUGGACCGAGUGCAUGUACAGCGUGGACCCCAAGGUUUAUGAAGCACACAAGAAGUCUGACAAGAAGGCGGGUGCGGACUCAAAGAAGCUGAAGCAGGAACAUAGUUGUGAAGAUGAGAAUGCAGUUCUAGAGACUGUUACUGUGAUACCAGGAAGUGCCUUACUGUGGAGGAUAUCACCACGACCUGCUCACUCAUUACAGAUGUAUAACUUCACCAGCUUUGCCAUGACACUAAACGAGCUGGAGCCAGGCAUGGUGCAAAUAUUGGCACCAACUGACUGCCGGCAGAGGCCCGAUAUCCGAGCCAUGGAGAACGGAGACAUAGACACGGCAAGUGCAGAGAAAGAGCGUCUUGAGGAGAAGCAGAGGGUCGCACGUCGAGAGCGAUCUAAGGAUGAGGAGGAGUGGUCAACCAGGUGGUUCCAACUGGGAACAAACCCGCACACGGGAGAAAAGGACUGGCUGUACGGCGGCGGAUACUUUGACAGGAACUACGCAGACUGUCCCAACAUUUACUGACAUAUCUCUAACUGGUAGCGUUUGAACCUCGAGAAAAGAUGUCCGCAACUGUGAAUGACUUUUGACAGGAGUAAGUUUACUUCCUGUAGAUGUUCAUAUCAUACGCCCACUGCCCUCACCUUUUAUAUGACUUGUGUUGCUGAUGAUAACCAUAGUCCACAUAAGAGUAAAUGUUACACGUAUUUAAAGGGAUUUAAACCACACAAAGCCACUACUCCUGUUUUAGUUUCAGGUGCUAACCUAUAAUGUUACUUGUCGACACACCAUGUAGUGUAUAGGUAUUGAUUUGCAUUCAAAUAUCAGGGGUUAUAUAAACACAUGUGCUACUUUUCUAUAAACUAAGAGCAUUAAAAAGGCUAUUUUAGUCCACUCUAAACACAUCAAGUGUUUUCUAUGAGUUGUAGGAAACGGAAGAAAAAGCCGUUUAUGCUCGAGUUUACUUGCACAUUCAAAUGAUGUUGGUGCAUUUUAUUGUUUUCCUCUGUAUCUCAGAAUAUUUGGCACAUCAAGCUGGUCUUUUACACCUGAUAAAGCCAUAUACAAUGCUGUCUGCAAAAAUACUGUAAAUGUACUCCCAUAGUACUUCAAAGCAAAAGGAGAAAGGAGUCUGAGCAUUUUAACUGUGACUUUUUUGCCUUUAAUCUUCAAACAAGAGCCAUUAAUUUACGACAUGGUAGAGAUUUGUCUUUUUUUUUUUUUUUUUCUCUCCAACAACCAAAUCCCUGUGUUCAGAGCAGGGUCCAGACCUAUGCAAAGUGAUCCAUCUAGUGUACCCUUCUGAAAUGUGAAACAUGUAAACUCACUUAAUUCCUAUUGCGCUAUGUGUUCUGUUUUGUCGCCGAGCACUAUCAUUGUAUAAAACUGCACAGUAGAAACCUCACUGUCCUAUGCACAUAUAUAAUAAAGCAUCCUUACAUGCUCCCGGAUGCUUACUUGAGUUCCAAGCACUUUCAACCCUGCAGACACUAACGGUGCAGGACUCGAAUGUUAAUGAUGUCUAUUUGAGAAUGUUUAUAUCGUCUGUUCCAUGCUCAUCCCUCUUCAGUGAGAUACAUUCAUAUACAAAGCAGGUAUACUAAAAAGUACAAUAAAAUAUGGACUUAAAACCUG